UGUUAAAGAAGAAACUUGUGUCGUUCAGUGCUCUGACUUUUUUCACUUAUUAUUGCUAAAAUAAUUGUUAAACAAUUAUAAAUUGUUGAUAAAUCGGUUAAUUAAAUUUUUCUGAACAGAUUGUGAUAUAAAUUAUUGCUGAUUUUUGUAAAUUUUGACCAAAAUUAAUGGACAUGUCAGAGUUGUUGGAGCUGACAAAGAAAAAUUUUAAUUUGUUAAAUAGUGGACAAGUGAUAUAUAAAAAAAAGUGUGGAUAAAGUAUCUGACGUGCUGAUACAAUUAAUCAACCAACAUAAUUAAAAAUGGGACUGAAAAAUGACAAAAUUGGUUUGUCAUUGGAGACAAAAUGAUAUUUGAGUACAUUGCAUCAAAUAUAUUCAUGGCAAAAACGUCUUGCCAAUACAUGUAACAUCAGACGCAUAUAAUGAAAAAAAAAUGUGAAGAGAUAGUUACUGAUUUAUUUAAAACAACUGAGAUGAAGUGAAUGAUGUUAAUGUUAAAAGUGAGUCAUAAGGUACGUCGUCGACAUUAGUUUGUGUUACCAAGUGUUUUAAAAAUUAAGUGAAAUGUUUAUAAACUAUUUGAUAAUACAAUGAUCAUAUGAAAUGCUGGUACACUUGAACCACCAACAAAGUGCAUCAAGACCAUCCACAUGAUAUUAUGCUUCAACAAUAAUGAAUCUCUGUUAAUGAAGAAUCAUUACUCAAUUAUUUACAUUUUGCAUGUGCAAUUGAAUUUAAAAAAUGUCAAGUUUAAAUGAAAUCCAACAUCUUAUGAGUUAUGAGCUGUCUGAUAUGAUUUUAUCUAUCUUUUACUGGGGAACAAUCAAUAACAUUACAUGGUGCUGGUAUUAUUGGCUCUUAGGCUCUAUCUAAUGUAACACUUGUUGUUAUUGUUCAACAUUUAUCAAUUUCUAUUGAAAUUGUCUUUGGUAAAUCGCUGGUGUUGCUGAUGAAUCAUAACAUGUUGGCUCGAGAGUUGAGAGUAUCAAGAAAUUGCUGCCUCUACUGAUGAGAGUGUAAAAAAUAUUCUCGCAACGACUCAGCUGACAACUCGAGACCUUCUUUUGAAAUUGAUAAAUCACUUUCAAAUCAUAAUGAUAAUAUGAACUAUAUUUAAAAAUAUAAUAUCAACAAUUUAUUAUAAUUUUUAAAUAAAUAAGUCGAAUAGUUUAUUAUAAAGUAAACAAUUAUACAAACAAUCUAUUGCAGUAAUUUAUAUUUUUCAAUUUCAUUCAGUUAAUAUAAAAACAAAAACUUUAUCAAGUACUUUAUAAACUAUACAUGGUGAAAAGUGUUUUCACAAAAAAGUUUUAGUGAAAAGUGUAGUGAUCAUUGUUUUGUGUACGUUUGUGUAGUGUGUGUAGUGCUUGUGUGUGAUCAUUGAACCUGUUGAUGAUCCAAUUGAAUCAUCACAUGGAGUGUAUCAUCCUCUAGUCUUCAUGGAUUGCAGUAGCCUGAGCAAUUUGAUGACCAGCGUGGGAAGAUGAACAUCCGCUUACAAGGUACAUCAACAGACUUGGUACCACAAUUACUUGGUAUGUUUGACGAGUUAGCAAGAAAAGAUCAAUUUAAUAAUAAUAUUAAUGAUCAAAUACCAUCAUCAAUACAAAAACGUUUGAGUCUUGUUGCUGUAAAUUCACAACGUAAUACCAUAUUCGGUCAGAUUUGUACUGGUAAAAUGGAACAGUCACAAUCAUCAGCAAUGCAACAACAACAGCAGCAACAACAACAACAGCAUCAACAGCAAAAUCAUGAUAUAAAUUGUAUCAUACCGUCUUUGGAUAAACGUUCAUCUCCUUUUUCACAACUUCUUUUACCAUCACGACGACCACCACCUCCACCACCACCACCACCAUUACCACCACUACCUAAUAAUUCAUCUUGUUCAAUAACUUCUUCAACAGUGUCUUUUUUAUAUCCAAAAGUUGAAAUAACUGUCAGUGAUAAUAAUAAUAAUAAUGAAAAUGAAAUAAAAAAUUUACAAAAUAAUAAUAAUAAUAAUGAAAAAAAUCAUACAAUAUUAAAUGAUAAUAAUAGUAAUAAUAAUAAUGAAGAUGAUAUUGAUAAUGUUGAUGAAGAUAACAAUCAUGAAGAUGAUGAUAAUGAUGAUAAAAAUAUAAAUAAAUUAACAACACCAAAAUAUGGAGGUAGAAGAAAAAAUAAUAAUAAUAAUAUCGUUAGUAAUAUUAACAAUAAUAAUGGUAAUAUUGAUAGACCAUUGUCAGGUAGUUCAAUAUCAUCAUCAAGUACAUCAUCAAGUGGAUGUAGUAAUCAGGAUACAACUAGAUCAGUUAAUCCAUAUUUAACAUCUGUUGAAUCACUUGCUGAUACUUGUGCAAGUUCUCAAGGUUCAGGUGAUAGUGGUGUUGUGACAAAAUCAGAUACAAAUUGUAGAAUAAUUGAUGAUAACUUAAUUGUUUCAUCAUCACAUAUAACAACAAUGAAUUCAUCACCACAAUUUAUGUUUCAUCGUGCACGUUAUUGUGAUCCACAACGUAAUUCUGUUGAAAAAGUAUUACUUGAAAUUGUUGAUACUGAAGCAAUAUAUGUUGAACAUAUACGUCAAAUAAUACAAGGAUAUUUAAUAUAUUGGCGUAAUAAUAAAAUAACAUUAUUAAAUGAUAAUGAAUUAAAUAAUUUAUUUAGUAAUAUUGAAGAUAUAUAUAAAUUUAAUUAUAAAUUUCUUGGUGAAAUUGAAAAUUGUGGAUUGGAUCCAGUGAAAGUUGCAAAUAUAUUUAUUAAAAAUAAUUCUGGUUUUAAAGUAUAUACUGAAUAUUGUACAAAUUAUCCACGUACUGUUGAAACAUUAACAAAUUUAAUGGGUCAUGAUGAUACUGCAAAUGAAUUUCGUGAAAGACAAGCAUCACUUUGUCAUGCAUUACCACUUGGUUCAUUUUUACUUAAACCAGUACAACGUAUAUUAAAAUAUCAUUUAUUACUUGAAAGUUUAUCACGUGAAUAUGAUACAUUAAAAAUUAAUAAUCAAAAUAAUCAAAAUAAUAAUAUUAAUUAUGAUAAUGAUAUAUAUUUAAAAGGACAAAAAUCAAUUGAUGAUGCAUUAAAUGGUAUGAUGGAUAUUGCUAAACAUAUUAAUGCUAUGAAAAGAAAACAUGAACAUGCUGUACGUGUACAAGAAAUACAAUCAUUAUUAUAUGGUUGGGCUGGACCAGAUUUAACAACAUAUGGUGAAUUAAUUGCUGAAGGAAGAUUUCGUAUGAGAGGUGCUAAAGCACCACGUCAUGCAUUUUUAUUUGAUAAAAUGUUAUUAUUAACAAAAAAAAAAGAAGAUGGAUUACUUGUUUAUAAAGCUCAUAUUAUGUGCUCAAAUUUAAUGCUCAUUGAAAGUAUACCAGGAGAAGCUUGUAGUUUUCAUGUAAUUCCAUUUGAUAAUCCACGUUUGCAAUAUACACUUCAGGCACGCAAUACAGAACAAAAAAGGGAAUGGACAUUACAAAUAAAACGUGUUAUGUUAGAAAAUUAUAAUGCUGUUAUUCCAGUACAUGCACAAGAACUUGUAUUACAAAUUGGUCAAAAUCAAAAUAAUAAUGAUAAUAUAAAUACAAAUUUUGAUAAAAUAUCAAUGAAAAAACAAUAUUCAUCACCACCAGAAUAUUUAGAACGUAGAAAACAAGAUAAAGAAAGAAGACGUUCAGAAGCUGGACAAAAAAUUAAAAAAUUAUUAAAAACAGAAACAGCUGAUAAUUCACCAUUAUCAAUACGUAAAUUAACAAUUGAUAAUAAUGAUAAUGAUAAUAAUAAUAAUUUACAUGAUAAAAGUUUAAAUCGUUCAUUAGAUUCACGUUCAUCAAAAGUUAAAGAUCGUUUUACAAAUUGGCGAAGAAAAUCAGAGCCUGGUUUUCAAUCAUAUAUAUCAUUAAAUCAAUCAGAUGAUGAACAUACUGAUAAUAAUAAUAAUAUCAAUAAUGACAUUGAAGUUGCAAUUGAUGCAUUAAAUUAUGAUGAUGUUAUUGAUAAUAAUGAUAAACAAAAUGACGAUGAUGAUGAUGAUGAUAAUAAUAAUAAGAAUAAAAAUAAUACCAAAGAUACUAAUGAACAAAUAAACAAUAAUAGUAGUAAUAAUUCAUCAAGAACUGUUGAAGAAAUUGUUGGACAUAUAUUAUAUAUGCAAAAUAAAGAAUUUCAAAAAUUAUUAGAAAAACAAAGAAAUAAUAGUAUGACUAAUAAUGUACGACAACAACAAAGAUAUAAUAAAAAUCAUAAUUCCAUUGAUACAUCUGAUGAUAGUGAUAAUCCUGAAACAGAUAUAUCAUCAAUAAAUAAUUCAUUAUUAUCAAUAAAUAAACAAAAUAAUACAAAAAAUAUAAAACGUAUAAUACGUAAAGAUAAACAUUUAUUAAAAUCAAAUAAUUGUUGGAAUAGUUUAGAAUCAUCAACAAAUAAUAAAUAUAAUAAUUUACAAAAAAAUAAUAAUGAUAAUACACAAAUAAUUGAUAAUAAUAAUAUUGUAAAUAUUAAAAAAAAUAAUGUUACAGAAAAAAAACAAUUAUUUGAAUCAUUUAAAAAACAAAAUAUUAUAACAGACAGUAAAAUUAUUAAAACAGCAUUGAGAAUACGUGACAAUUCAUUGUAUGAUGAUGAUGAUGAUGAUGAUGAAGAAGAUGAAGAAGAAGAAGACGAUGAUAGAGAUGAUGAUAAUAAUAAUAAUAUGACAAAUAGUGAUUUAAGUUUAACAAAUAAAAGUUUUGGUAAUUAUGAUAAUUUAGAAAAUAUAUGGAAUAAUUAUGAUAAUAAAAAACAAGAUACAAAUAGUCCAACAGCAAUAUGGUUAACAAAAUUAUGUGAUGAUUUACCAACAUCACCACAAAAAUGUGGCUCAUUACCACGUAGUUUUCAAAUAAAUCCAAGUUCACAAAUGAUUAUAACAAAAAGAUUAUUACAAAGAGAUGGUAAACCAAUGAGUGAACGUCCAUUUACAAUUGCAUCUGAUAAACCAGCUGAAAUUAAUUUAGAAGAUAUGGAAAGAUAUGCAACAACAUAUCAACCAAAAGAUAUUAUUGCAAAAUUUCCAUUAUCAUCAACAUCAACAAUAACUUGUUCAUAUUCAAUUGAUGAUAAUUUAACUGAUGCAAAUCAUAUGAAAGUUAUUGAAACAGAUAUACAUCCUGAUCAUAAAAUAUAUCGUGAAAAUAAUAAUAAUAAUAAAUUUAAAAAUGUAUUAACAAAAGCUGGUAAUCGUUUACAAGUAUUAAGAUCAACAGUUAGUGCUGAAACACUUGAAAUAAUUGAUGAUUAUAAUAAUACAAAAUUAACAAAACGUAAUAAUAAUAAUAAUAAUAAAAAUAAAAAAAAUAAAUUUAAAUUAUCACGUGAAUCAUCAAUUGAUGAUAUUGAUGAAACAAAUUUAUCAACAAUUAAUUUACAACAUUCAUCAUUGUAUUAUAAACAGGGAAGUUCUUGUCUUGGUGCUAGAAUUGCACAAUCAGAUUAUGCUGAUCCAUCUGUAUUAUUUUUUGAUUUAAAAAAAAUUAAUUUAUCAACAAAUGAAUCGACAAAUAGUAAUAAUAAUAUCAUUGAAAAAAAAAUAACAACAAAUGCCAAUGAUAAAAAUGAUAAUUCAAUUGAUGAUGUUGAUGUUGAUGUUAAUAAAAAAAUUAAUGAAAGAAAUCCAAGUGAAACAGAUUCAUUUUAUGAAAGAUGUUUUGAAAAAAUUGAAAAUUAUGCUGAUAAUAUUGCUGAUACAAGUUAUGUUGUUGAUGCUGAUGUUGAUACUGAUGAUGUAUUUAGAGAUAGUGCAAUAUUUAGUGAUAUUGAUGAUAGUAAUUUAAUUGUUAAAAAUAAUAAAACAUAUAAUGAUAAUAUUAUUAAAAUUAAAACUAAAAUUACACAACCAACACCACCACCACCACCAUCAGUACCAAUUAAAAUACGUAAAUCAAAACCAUGUAUUGCACGUAAACCAGAUAAUUUAAAAAUGAAAGUUAAAGUUAUUAAAAAAUGUGAACUUGUACCACAGUGUGUUAGAGUUAAAGUAUCAUCAACAAAUCAAAGUCAAAGUGGUAAUGUUGGUAAAUUAAUAAAUGGUGGUAGUGUUGAUGAAAUAUCUGCAGGACAGAGCCAAGCUGGCUGGGUCAAAAAAAUUGUUGGACAAUUGCAAGGACAAAUUUAAUUAAAAAUUAAAUAACAACCAUCUAGUACAAUUUAAUUAAAAAAUUCGUAUACCGUUACUGU